CCGCUGAGUUUCUCCAGCAUUUUUGAUGCACGUCGCGAUAUAUGUUUUUCCCAAAUGCCCAGCCGUGUUGUUUGAUUUGCAAAACCGCCAUGUCAGUCGCCUCUCCUUUGUGUCAGGUCAGUCGACGAGCAGACCACGGCGGAACAAAGCAAAGUGCUUCAUUCAGCCGUCAGCGAACUGAGAUUAUUCCACCUCGCCGGCUGGGAAAAAUACUAGCCUGCAAUAUGUGAUGACUGCGAAAUUUGGACAGUGGAGAGUGAUGAGUUGUCAGAAGCAUUGUCUGCUGGAGUUCCGCGACUGCAUUUGCCAGAGUAUAAAUCAAGCCCCGUCUCUCCGUCUGACAUCAGGUUGGACCAGCAAUCCGCAGCUUCAUAUCGUACGUGAGGGUGCAGAAUGUCUCAGACCACAAAGAGCACCACGCAGGAUAAGGGCAGUGCCCCAGUUGCCACCCCAGGCUUCAAGAACCCGAAGACCAGAGAACCAGCCAUGGGCAACUUCAAGAUCUACAUCUACGAGCAGGAGAACUUCCAGGGGCGAUUCAUCGAGUUCUCCAGCGAGUGCGUCAACCUGUGUGACCGCAACUUCGACAGAGUGGGCAGCGUCCGCGUGGACUGUGGGCCCUGGGUUGCUUACGAGCAAGCAAAUUUCCGUGGCGAGAUGUUCAUCUUGGAGAAGGGCGAGUACCCACGCUGGGAUUCCUGGUCCAACAGCUACAGGAGUGACCGCUUCAUGUCCUUCCGCCCUGUCUGUAUGGAUAACCAAGAGCAUAAAAUCAGCCUGUACGAAAUGGCCGAGUUCCAAGGGAACAAGAUGGAGAUCAUGGAAGAUGACAUUCCCAGUCUGUGGGCCUAUGGAUUCAGUGACCGAGUGGGCAGUGUGAGAGUCCACAGUGGAACAUGGGUCGGCUACCAGUACCCUGGAUACAGGGGCUACCAGUACCUGUUUGAGAUGGGAGACUUCAAACACUGGAAUGAAUGGAGCGCUCAGCAGCCUCUGAUGCAGUCCAUCCGCAGACUGCGAGACAUGCAGUGGCAUCAGAAGGGUUGCUUCCAGGUGACCAGCAAGUGAGAACGUUCCACGGCCCACCACCCAGCUUGGACUCGCGUUCAGACGAAGGUUUCGACCCCCAUUUUUAAAUCACUUGGAGCUGGCGAUUUCUCUGCACUUUACAAUGUAAAGCAGGUUUUGUUUCAGAAUCCCAAAAUGUACUCUUGUGAUGCAAAUAAAGAAAGUGGAUGCA